GAGAGGCACAGACAGGCUUGUCUUCAGCUGUGAAACAAAGAACACUGGAUAGGAAAUAACACUCAACUCUUUCGCUCUUCACUCUCUGUCUUUCACUUUGGAUCAUUUCUGGUGGAGUGUGUCCGAGACCUGACCGCAGAUGCCAUGGAUAACUUCCAGACCGUCCUGCGCUUCUUCAUGAACCAGAAAGCCACCAUUGGCUACAGUUUCAUGGCUCUGCUAACUAUAGGUGGGGAGCGAGUAUUUUCCAUGGUUUCCUUUCAGUGCCCGUGCAACCACGAUCAGAACUUCGCCUAUGGACUGACUUUCCUGCUGGGCCCGGCUGCAGUGCUGCUGGUCUUGGGUCUGUUCUUCAGCAGCAGGUUGUGGAGGCUCUACACCGGCUGUUGCCUCAACCCCAUGAAGCUGUGCCCGCGGGGGAACUGCUCGGGCUGCCUCAGGGUGUUCAUGAGCAUCUUCACUGGAGCCUGUGUGGCUCCUGUAAUGUGGCUCUGUGUGGCCCUGCUCAAUGGGACCUUUUAUGAGUGUGCUGUCAGUGGUCUGGAUGAUAACCUGGUGGUGGAUCUGUUCUGUAAAAACAAGACGUUGAAGUGUCGGGAGGAGCUGGCCCGGGUGCCCUGUGACCGCUCCAGACUAACCAGUGAUGAGCGCAUGGAGCUGCUGCUCAUGUUCCGGGCCCAGUCACAGUGUUCAUCACUGAAGUGUGUCUGCAGAUCCUGGGCUGGUGUGUCAUCAUUAUUGCUGCCAUGGGGGGCCUCCUGGGUACCUGCUGCACAAACUGUCGCUCCAAAGUCAGCUUCCUGCAACUCACAUUCUGGAAACGCUAUGUGGAGAAAGAGAAGGAGCACUUUGAGACCUUCACUGCGGAAUACGCAGACAAGCUGGCCGAGAGAAACCUGCAGAGCUUCUUUGAGAACAAAGACCCUGCUCCAUUCCCUUUCCCCAAUCACAAGUCAUGGGAGGAGAUCUCUGGACUCUACACCUUCUCCAAGAGUGAGCAGUAUUACAGCACCCUGCAGCGCUACGUGGAGAGGACAGACAGGGACUUCACGCCAGAAAAGAGACCUGUGUUGGACUUAGAGCAUGGAAUAGAGUUGCACUGACUGUUGUGAGACUGUUAGCUAAUCAUCACUGUCUGUAUUUAACUCUAAGUCUAUUGUAUGUGUAAGUCUGACUCAGGAAAAGCUGCCUCCUCACUGACAAAUCUGCCCUUUACUAUGUUACUCCAAGCAAUGUGACCAAACUGCAAUGGUACAAUCUUCUCUAAGCACAUGGAAUAAUUAACCACUAUUUUAUACACCCUAGCUCUGUCACACUGCACACAUUUGAGGCCUUCUAUUACAAGCAAAUACACUAACUUACAGUAACUCUAGGAAGUGGCAGUCUGCUGAAGCUUCGACUGAAAACACUGAGGUCUUGUCCAUGUUAUUCAUGCUUCAUGGUCCACUUUUAGAGACAUGUCCAUUCACAGAUAUGCAGAGGCAUGAUAGUGAACACAUCUGACUGUUUGAUACUACUCUAUAAUCAAAUGAUGCCGACUUCACCUUUGUUCUUACAGUAGACGUCUGUAAGGAUGCAAUAUGUUUGACCUUUGGCAGCGAUAGAAUCCAUAGGGGGAAAUUUAAUGCUUUCACAGCAGCAUUGUCGGGGCUGUUACCAGCCUGAGGACUUUUUGUUGGUGUUUUUGGGGAACUUGGACCUUAGUAUUCUUUAAAAUCCUAUCUAUGGUCCUGAUUUUUGAUGAAUAAAAAACUAACAAAGUAAACAAAAUGCAAAAAGUAAACUGUGACACUGCUU